AUGCCCUUGGACGAGAGCUACCGCUGGAAGGAUAUUAAGGAGCAAACUACUAUUAUCAAAACGGUGCUUCCUCAGCAUCUUUCCAGCAAUGCAAACCCCACUAACCCAGCCGUCCUGUCAACAACGGCCCUCAUCGCUCUAAUGGAAGCAGCCAGUGCGGAUGCCCUGACCAACACGCUUAAAAAAGCACAUUGCUUAAUCUCAGUCCCAUCUCGCAUGUCAAUCGACCAUCUGAGCCCCGUUGGAGCAGAAACAACGCUCCGCGCAGCAGCUCAGUUCAAAGGUGUCAGCAGCGCCGACAGCAACACCCUCGAAUUCGACGUUCUCGUCCACACCCAUGCCUACCGGGAGCCAAACACGAUCAUCGCAAAAGGAACCUUUUGGCGUACAAUAACAUGUCAGGAGAACCUAGAAAGCACAGCAUACCUCGCCAACAUGGAGCGAUGCCGCACCAAUUCCUCCGGACCCCCAAACCUCGCAGCCGAAUCAGCUUUUCACACCUACAUCCGACACAAAACCGCCUCGAUGUCUUGCUUCAAACCCGAUGGUAAUAACAUACAUCAUAGACCCGCCUGUGAACUGUGCUAUCCAUUCCCCAAACGUUCCUGGGCCGGCGCUGUAGCGCCAGCGCACGAUCCUAUCUCACGCGGCUUCCUACACGCCGUACAUCACGGACCACCGCGGUUAGUGGAGCUCUGGAUUACCAGCGGUGUCGACCUUCCUCGAGCGGUACUAGAUAGCGCGCUAUAA